UGCUUUGAGUGUAAAGUCGGGACUCUUUUUGGACAUACACUUAGCUUCAAGAAUGACACGAAUGGCAGCAGUUUCUACACCAUCUCUGAAAAAGGAUCAUUUGGCGAAUGCGAUACCACUUAUAUCAUUAGAUCGGAGCCCAGUCUCUUAAAUUCAGAGAAAAGCAUAAAUAUAACUAAAGUUAGAAACUAUGAGAAAUGCGCCAAAAGACCACAUCCUUUUCGAUAUGCAUCGGAAAUAAGCCAACAGUGCCUUGACUUCAAUACUAUCAGAAAACCUAUUUUGCAAAUAUCAUCCAUUUAUGACUAUAAUAUGAAAGGAAAUUUGAAAAACUUCGUCAUCGAAAAGGUUACACAAAGAGAGUACAUAACGAGCUCUCCCUUUGGAAAGGAUGGCAUUAUUUUUGAUUUGAAAUCCAAAGGAGUUCUCGAAUUGCUUGACAUUAAAGAUAUUACGGAAACACAUGUUAUACCCGAAGAUGUAAUCCCUUCGACAGAUCUGACAAACUCUCCGCUCCAGAAGAAUGAGUUCUUUGAUAACAUCGAUCUGAGAAGAGCUCAUUUUCUGCGCGAUAUAUACAGAUAUCAGUCACCAGUGAUUCAAAUCAUCACUUUAUUGGAUGAAUGUGUCGCCGAUUACAGUAAAUCGGACACAAAUACGGCUGAAUCGGUGCUGCCGUCCAAAUAUGGAGAGAUUAUCGACGCCCUCUCCACUCUCGACUACGAGGCCAUCGAACAGCUCUUCAAAACUGUUUUCGACAAAAGCGAAGAUCACAGAAGCGAAUCCCUUAUAAAAGUCUCUUAA